UCUCCGACACAGCCGCCGACCAAUAACCCGUCUGUCUGGGCAGAGACCAAGGGGAUGAGCGCUCGCCGAGGCCCAAUCAGCGCUUUUGUGUUGCCUGCCGGUGCCGGGGACUGGUCGUGAAGAGCUACAGCAGCGCUUCAGGAUCGGAGAGUGAACCCGGAGCCAGAGGAACUUGAAGGGGUCAAGGCGAGUCAGGAUGGAGCGGAUGUCUGAGGAGGCGUUGAGGCUGAACCUGCUGAAGCGGGGUCUGGAGGCACAAGAUGAGCGGGACGAAGCUCUGGCCAAGCGCCUGAAGAUGGAGGGUCACGAGGCCAUGGAGAGACUUAAGAUGCUUGCCCUCCUUAAACGCAAGGAUCUGGCCGCUUUGGAAGGGGCGGCUGUUGCGGCGGCCAUGGCAGAGGGCAAAGGCCCGGGGGGUAGCCAGGGGCUGAUGGGAGCUGUGGCCUACGAGGAGAAGAUGAAUGGAAGUUUGAGAGUCGGGGGCCAUGGAGGCCCCAGUAAGAAUGGGAAGGAAAACAUAGUGGAUGAGCCAGUGGACAUGAGUGCCAGAAGGAGUGAAAUAGUUCGGGAGCGAUGCACUCCAUCGCCAGACGUUAUCAUUUUAUCAGACAACGAGGCGUCCAGCCCCCGGAGCACGCCUCACCCUGAGGAGAAACAGCAUCAGGCCAACCUGGAGAUGUUUAAGGGAAAGACUGGCGACGAGCGGCAGCAGAUGAUCAAAGCUCUCCGAGAGGAGCUCAGGCUGGAGGAGGCCAAGCUGGUGCUCUUGAAGAAACUGAGACAGAGUCAGAUGCAGAAGGAGAACGUGGUGCAAAAGGUGCCAGUGGUCCAGAAUGCCCCGUCAUCAGUGCAGCCGUCACCCAUGCACAGUUCACAGGGGCUCGGGAAACUUCCUGUGCGGCCUGGCAUGCACUCAUCUGAGCCUCAGAGUAUGCGCACUGCACAGGGCCACACAGUAAUCAGGUCUGCUGCCAAUGCAUCUUUGCCCCCAAUGAUGAUGUCACAGCGGGUUAUUGCACCCAAUCCUGCCCAGCUUCAGGGUCAGAGAGUGCCCUCCAAGCCUGGCAUGGGCCGCUCCUCCACAGGUGGUUUGGGAAACACAGUCAGCUAUCAGCAGGCUGCCAGCCAGCAGGUGGGGGUCUCGCAGCGUUCAGGCUCAUCCUCGGCUAUCUACAUGAACCUGGCACACAUGCAGGCAGCGGGAGCAGCUGGUGUCGGGGUGGGAGUGAGUGGGGUUGGUGCUGUCAGCCCCUCUACCCUUUCCUCCAGCGUCGCUUCUCUGAAUGACCAGGCCAGCAGCCAAGCAGCCGCUAAACUGGCCCUCCGCAAGCAGCUGGAGAAGACCCUGCUGGAGAUACCGCCUCCUAAACCUCCAGCGCCCCUGCUGCACUUCCUGCCCUCUGCUGCCAACUCUGAGUUCAUCUACAUGGUGGGGCUGGAGGAAGUCGUGCAGAGCGUCAUUGAUAGUCAGGGUAAAAUGCGGGGGUCACUGCAACACAUGGAGCCGUUCUUCUGUGCCCAGUGCAGGACUGACUUCACCCCUCACUGGAAGCAGGAGAAAAGUGGUCGCAUCCUCUGUGAGCAGUGCAUGACGUCCAAUCAGAAGAAGGCUUUGAAGGCUGAGCACACCAAUAGGCUCAAGAACGCUUUCGUUAAGGCUCUGCAGCAAGAACAGGAAAUAGAGCAGAGGUUGCAGCAGCAGGCCGCUCUGUCCCCCAGCUCCGCCCAGACUGUCCCCAGCGUGAGCAAAGCGGAGACCUUGAUCCGACACCAUGCCCUUCGACAGACUCCCCAGCCACAGGCCGCUCUACAGCGGGGUUUGUCCAGCUCAGCACGAGGUGUCCUCUCUAACUUCGCCCAGGCCUCCCAGCUCUCAGUGGCCAGUGGGCUGCUGGAUAUGACAAGCAAGCGCUGUGGCAGCAGCAGCAGUACCAGCAGCAGCAGUCGGGCUCAGCAUGACAGCCGCAGGCAGAUCUACAACAUCCCUGGUCUGAAUAUUGCUUAUCUAAAUCCGGGAGCCAUUGGGGGCCACAAGGCAUCCAGCCUAGCGGACCGUCAGCGGGAGUAUCUGCUCGACAUGAUUCCCCCACGCUCCAUAUCCCAGUCCAUCACCGGGCAGAAAUGAGCCCUGACGGGACUGCAGAUCCCCCUUUCGGACGCCCCACCACCCCUCUGUUCUACAUCAGAACACCAACCCCCCCCACCC